AUGGGAUUCCGAGUCACUCGACUGAUGGUGACGUUGCGGUUUGAAGAGCCCGAACAGCCGCACGGAGCUCACGAGCAGCCAGAAAAUACCUUUCGCACGCUCUUUUCCGGCCUGUCGUUGGAUUCAAGCUUAUCGUACACCGUCCCAUUUGCGGACCUCACUACACUCAGCGACAGCUUCUUUCCGGCCGGCUACCGCCGCGGCUUUUGGGGUCCACAGGUGAUAAACGUCACCGAGACAUACCUGAGCGCCGUCGACGACUCCUUUCGGGAGGUGAUAAACGUCACCGAGACAUAUCUGAGCGCCGUCGACGACUCCUUUCGAGAUUACAUUGAUGCCAUGCUGACAAGAGGAGAAACGCCCUCGACCUCGACCUGGGUACUGCAGUACAUGCUCCCCGGGCUGAAUGGACAUCUACCUGCGUCGGAUGCUGACACGGCGUGGCCGCACAGCGUUGCUGGGCACUGGCUGGCGCAGAGCCUCAUCGGAUAG